UGCACACAAGUGAACUAGAAAUGCAAAAGAAAUACUGCAUUGAAUGAAACUAGGCCUUUUAAGUCUUUGAGAGCUUAUACCUCUUGUAGCCAGAACACACCAUUUCAGAAGUGCUACUACCAACGUUGUUCCUUUGAAAAAUCCUUGCACAAAUGUGGCUCUCCCAGGAUUAUUGAAACGCCUCCUAUCGGUCUCCCCCAUUCUGGCUCUUUCCUCUUCCCAGGCUGCAGAUUGGAGGCUACAUGACCCAGAGCAAGCAGGGGUGUUUCCCACUCUUUUCUGCCUGGCUGACUCACUGCCUGGGUCAUCUGCUGGCAAUAAAAAACGCCUCUGGUUUACAGAGUUUCCUUUGCAGCUGACCAGGACGCAGAGCCGGCCACUAAGACAAUGCAACAACGCCUCUUCUUUUUUCUGGUUGCCUUCCUGAGACUUCAUGCCACAGGUUCCUUUCCAGUACGUCUGUCUGGAGGCCCAAGCCUCUGUGCGGGACGGGUGGAACUGUUCCACCAGGGUGAAUGGGGGACAGUGUGUGAUGACAGUUGGGAUUUGCAGGACGCAGCUGUGGUGUGUCGAGAGCUAGACUGUGGGGUUGCCCUUUCAGCACCCCAUGGGGCCUGGUUUGGUGAAGGACCUGGACCCAUCUGGCUGAAUGAGGUGCGCUGCAUGGGCACCGAGGAAUACCUGCACUCCUGCCCCCAUAUUGGGUUUCGCAAGCAUGUCUGCACCCAUGAGGAGGAUGCCAGUGUCAUAUGCUCAGCUCAGCGCUUCGCUCCUCUUACCGCCUUCCCCCCUCAACCGGCUUUCAGAUGGGGCAAAAUGAAAGCAGUAACAACAGCAAGACCACUCAUAUCUUCUACACCUGCUGAGGGGACCCCUGCUCUACGUCUCGUGGGUGGCAGAAGCCGCUGUUCCGGCCGACUGGAGGUGUUUCAUGAAGGGGAAUGGGGCACAGUAUGUGAUGACAUGUGGGACCUUCUGGAUGUUGCUGUGGUCUGCCGGGAGCUGGACUGUGGAGAGGCGCUGGCAGCACCAGGCGGUGCCUUCUUUGGUGAGGGGAGCAGUGUCAUCUGGUUAGAUGAUGUACAGUGCCAAGGAGAAGAGUCAAUGUUGUCAGAGUGCGAUACCAGCCUUUGGGGGACAACCAACUGCCGACACAGUGAAGAUGCUGGGGCUGUGUGUUCUGGUGAGAUGCCCCUGGCCAUGGUGGAAGAGCAUGUGGCCAUGCUCACAAGAACCUUGGCACCCCAGAGACGCCGGUAUGUAGCCCCUAAAAGAAUUCCCCGUCCUACUCAGCCUACAGGGAACCAAGAAGCAACUGUAGCUAAUGAAGCAUUACAAAUAGAGAAGAGUCAAAAGGAAGCCGUGCCAGAUGGUCAGUGGCAGGUGCGGCUGCAAGGAGGCCCUGGAUCCUGUGCUGGACGGGUAGAGGUUCUGUAUCAAGAUUACUGGGGCACAGUAUGCGAUGAUGGCUGGGAUCUGGUGGACGCGGAAGUGGUGUGCCGUGAGUUGGGCUGUGGGGCCCCUCUUCUCAGCCCUGGUAAUGCAAGAUAUGGGCCAGGAUCUGGACCUAUCUGGUUGGAUGAUGUCAACUGCACUGGGGCAGAGCUUACUCUACAGAACUGCCGCUCCCAGCCCUGGGGGACACACAACUGCAAUCACCAUGAAGAUGCUUCAGUCAUCUGCACAGGCAGGUGGAAGCGUCUGUCAUUGCCAAGCUCAUCAAGCAAUUCAAAGAUAGCUGCACCAGCUACAACCAUGAAUCCAGGGCAAAGCAUCUUGGAUGUGGCUGAGACCAGCAGAACUUCUCAGGAGUUUUCAGCCAGCUGGGAGCUAGAGUACCCUGAAGCACCAUUCCUAACCACACAAUCCGUGGAGCUUGAACUGGAAAAGGAGCAAAAGCAAGCAAGCCCCUUCAACAUAAUUGAAACAACCCCUAAUCCAGAAACCCUGCUGCACAGCCAAGAGAUGGAGUCAACCAACACUCCAAAGACAGAACCAUCUACACAGAAAUGGGGAAAAGAGCUCGUUUAUGCCUCAGUUGAAUCUCUGCCAACCUCAGGCACACUGGAUCUGGUAUCUGAAAGAGAAACAGAGACAAUAAGCCUGUGGAAUAUGGAUAAAGCAACAGCUAAUCUAGAGAUCCUGCAGCAUGUUCAGGGGACAGAGUCAACCAGCACCCCCAAUACAAGGCCACAAACACACGGAUUGGGACAAAACCCCACCCCCUCCACAGCUGAGUUUCAGCCAACCUUAGCCAUGCAGGAACUGGAAUUUGAGAAAGAAACAGAAUCAACAAACCCACGAGGAACAGGACUGCCCAUAGUUGCACCAGGCCUAACACUUGCAACAGAGGUAGUGCAGUCUAAGCACUGGGACACUGCAUUUAAAGUGCCCUCCGUACAGAAGGUAGAACUCACCACUCCCACAGCUACAGAGCAGCCUACCACUUCCACAUCUGUUCAGGAACCUGAAAAAGUGAAUGUAAUUGAUCAUGUAGUAAAGGAACUGUUAAUGUUCUCAAAUAUCUUGAAGGCUGCAAGAGAGAUGGAUUUGUUGGCAACCACACAGAGUGCACCAUCUGUAAACCACAUGGAAUCCAUAAGCUACAAAUCUUCACAUUCUGAAGAGAACACAGUUCAGAAGCAACAAGAGGAAUCAAACACAUAUCCCCAUACCUUGACGCCCACAGAGCCUACCAUUGCUCCCACUGUCUUGACCUCUUUGGCUGAAACAGAUGUUCAUGAUACGACUGUUCUGCUCCAAAGUACAGUGUCACAUACAGUUUCUAUGGAUGGGCUGCUUGAGAGUUUGGUGAGCUCAGGAAACACAGAAAGAGGAGCUGGCACCACCUCCGCACCAGGCUUGAUUGAAGCACCAGGUCCAAACACCACUUUGACCGAAUCUGUCACCCGCACUGCUACAGUUAGCGAGUCAUCCUCGGACUGCCCUUUUAGGCAGGACUCAAGGGGAAAGGAUCAAGGCUGUUGCUGUUCACCACCUGGCCUGGAAAACUUGGUUGAUGCAAUGACAGGUCUCCGUGGGGAACUAGGCUCCCUCUCUACUGCCAUUCAACAUCAGGGCUCUCAACUAGAGGCUGUUGCCCGCAGUCUGGCUGAGCUGGCAGCUUCUGUGAACCAUCUUGUGGGGGUGCUGCCUACCUUACUGCAGUCAGCAGCUGCCCAGUCCUCCUCAGCUCAAAAUACGCAGGAUGAAGGCCAAAUGCAUAACCAGCUGCCCUUAAAAUGAAGAUAGCACUUUCUGUAAGGAAAGGAAGUUGCCAACUCAAGCCAAACGUCUGCUAUGAGGUGAGCCCACCUCCCAUGAAAUCCCAUUAAAUAUGCCAUAAGCAGAGGUCACACAUGCUACAAAAAGGUACUAUAGGAGACCUCCACCCCAAUGGUUAUGGGGUUUUGGUUGAUCUAUUUAUAAGCAGUUAACUAGAAAAAUGUGCUGAGAAAGGUAAAAUUGGGAAACAUUGCACAGUUCACAGGAGGAUGCAUUGUCUGAAAUCCAGAAGUCAAACAGAUUUGUAGAUUUUUUUUAAAAAAAUGAACAUGAUAUAGCAAUUUCAAAGGUAAAAAUGCAGAACCGAUUAUGAUUGAGUACUAGAUUGAUUGGGUACUAGAUUGCGCUAAGAAAAAUGUUCAAAUAAGUGUUUGUAUAAUUGCUUACAUUGAUGUGUGGUGGCCUGAUCAGUAUUAUCUUCUAAAAUAUUUUGGAUUUUAGCAUAAGCCUUCAUGAAUACUCCAUUCAUUUGUUUGUGUAGGCUGGUCAUUGAACCUUUCUAUGUAAUAAACUGUUGAAUUUUG